AUGAGUGGUACAAACAACUACCUAUUCUACCCGGAAACCUGGAUAAAGGGUCGAUUUUGGGGGCCUCCGAUUUCAAAGGGUGAAGGGGCUACCCCGGAAAACUCGAGGAUAGGGGAAGAGCGACGGCGGAGGCCGCGGACCGGAAACAACGAUGGCCGCAGCAUACGUUGGUCAAGGGUACCCGGAACGGGGCCCAAGAACAGAGACCACGAGGACGGCGGACAGCAAAGGUUCCCCCCAAGGGACGCGGCUGGCCGGCAGUCCACGGCCACCGUUACGGGACGGCACGACUCAGGGCCCGGGCUAGACGAGUUCCCAGUACCGGACCGAGUUAGAAAAUUAAGAAAAAAUCGGUGUACUUACCACGGCACAGCAGAGCAUUGA